AUGGCAGCAGCAGCAACGGGACGCUUCAGCCUCCGUUGCGCUCGAGAAUCUGCAGGCACCAUCCCGCUACCCAAUCUAUGCAUCGGCUCGUGGUCAUGGGGUGACAACAUGACGUGGAAGAACGCCUCAGCCUCGGCCGUCAAGGACCUCGACGAUGCCUGGCGGACCAUGGCCCAGAACGACCUCUUCUUCGUCGACACGGCCGAGGUCUACGGCAGCGGCGAGAGCGAGCGCAUCAUCGGCAGGCUGCGGUCGGACGCGGCGCUGACCCCGGACGACUUCCGCACGCGGCUGGUGCUCGCGUCCAAGUUCCUGCCCAUCCCGUGGCCGCCGACGCGCCUGUUCCCCAGCAAGGGCAUGGUCAACGCGUGCCGCGGCAGCCUGCAGCGCAUGGGGCUGGAGAGCAUGGACCUGUACCAGGUGCACGGCCCGAUCCACGUGCUCAACUCGAUCGACAGCAUGGCGGGCGCGCUGGCGCGGUGCGUGGAGCUGGGCCUGACGCGCGCCGUGGGCGUGAGCAACUACAGCCUGGACGAGAUGGUCCGCAUGGACGAGGCCCUCAAGAAGCGCGGGUACCGCCUCGCCAGCAACCAGGUCGAGUUCAGCCUACUGCGCACCCGGCCCGAGACGACGGGGCUGCUCGCCGAGUGCAAGGCCCGGGGCAUCGUGCUCAUGGCCUACAGCCCGCUGGGCAUGGGACGGCUGACGGGGAAAUACACAAAGGACAACCCGCCGCCGUCGGGUCGCAAGUUUGGCGACGUGCCCAUCGAGGAGCUCGCGCCGCUCCUCGAGACGCUGCGGACGGUGGGGGAAAAGCACGGGGUGAAGCCCAGUGCUGUGGCGCUCAAGUGGGUGAUCCAGAAGGGGGCGAUCCCGCUGGGCGGUGUGAAGAAUGCCAAGCAGGCCGAGGAGAACGCGAGGGCGGCGAGUGAGGAGUGGAUGCUGAGCGACGAGGAGAUGGCAGAGCUGGACCAGCAUGCCCGGGAAGGGACCACGUCGUUCUGGCAACAUGAUUGA